CACUGCCCCGUGGAGGUCUUCGUCUCUACCAAAUCCACGUUCAGAGGGGGAAAAAUCCAGAAAUAAUCCUGAGUCUUUUUCCGCAUCUGGACCGCAGAUAGAUCAAAGCAUUUUAAAGACUCGGGCAAUUGUGAUACAUUUACAUUUUAAUUAUUUUAAAAGUAUUGAGACAAAUUUAGCUAUCAAAGUCCUCUGUUGUGGCUUUGGAACAAAGGAAAUCAGAUUCAGAGACGGAGCGAUUUGUAUUUCGAGAGAAUAUUAAUUUCUGUAUUUUAUUGCAUUAUUACCAAUAUAAUUUAUACUUUAUAAGUAACUUAUUUCGAGUUAGAUAUAUCUUAAUUUUUUGUAGCUCGACCUUAAUUAACUGCAGUUUCCAACAAGCUGGACCCGAAGACGCAGAACCGAUCAACUUGGACAUUAAAUCUGCUGAUUCGUUCACGUGUGCGGAAGGAACGCGGAACCGCGAGCUGCAGUUCUGUUGGGCACGGGCAGCUUUUCCACGGAAACCCUCGCGCGAUGCUGCGUGCACCCAGGGGUGCUUCUCCGGCUUCGGCUCGGGGUGCAGGCGGACUCCCCGCGCUCCAGAAGAAAGCCCAGUCCGGGGGCAACGCGGGACUGGCGAGCCCGCCAGUGAGCUCGGUCCCAGUGGGCUACCUCGCUCAGCUCGGUAACCGGACAGCUGACUGCCUGUACGCGACCCCCCACGGACCCGCAGCUAAACCCGUCAGGGUGAACUCCGGUCGCCUCCCGGCCAAGAGGCGUCUGGAUUUGGAGGAUCCCGUGUACCUCCCCGGGUUUCGCACGCCCAAAGGGAAGAUGACCCCGGCCGCAACCUGCGUCUCCAGCCCCAAGACUCCCAGGUCGCCGGGUGAGCGCACGCGCUACGACACGUCUCUCGGCCUGCUCACCAAGAAGUUCGUAGGGCUGCUGAGUGAGGCGGCCGACGGGGUUCUGGACCUGAACUGGGCCACAGAAGUUCUGGAGGUCCAGAAGAGACGUAUCUAUGACAUCACCAACGUGCUGGAGGGCGUGCAGCUGAUCCGCAAGAAGUCCAAAAACAACAUCCAGUGGAUCGUGGGUGGUGUGUUUGAAGGCUCAGCGAGUGGUUCCGAGCAUCCGAAGACGCUGCGGAGAGAACUAUCUGACCUGGAGAGAAAAGAACAAGUUCUGGAUGACCUUAUCCAGUCCAGCACCAAUCAGCUACGUGACCUCACUGAAAACAAAGACAACCAAAGAUUCGGAUACGUGACAUAUCAGGACAUUCGCUCCAUAGCGAGUCUCCAGGACCAGACGGUGAUCGCCGUCAAAGCUCCACCUGAAACCAAACUGGAGCUGCCGGACGUAGCCGAGCAGGCAUCUAUGCAGAUCUACCUGAAGAGUAAGAAUGGUGCUAUCGAGGUUUACCUGUGUCCAGAGGACGGUGUGGAGGACGCCAGCCCUGUGAAAAGUGCCACGCCCAGGAAGGACCAUAUCCCAGGUGUCACCCAGGAAACACGGCCACAGACGCCACCCUGUCUGUUCACGCCCAAACCACAGCAAGGCCCCGAGGCUGUGCUCUCUAAAGCCCACACCUCGAUGGCAGCUGGCGACGGUCACAGUAGCAGCACCGCCCUGCUGGACGUGGAAGGGAUUCUGGGCCUUCCUCCCAGCCUGCUCCAGAUCACGGAGGAUCAGUUGCCUGGCAUGACCUUUACCCCUGACCCCUCCUUUAUCAGUUUCUCUCCGCCCCUUGACCACGACGAAUACCUCUGGGGGCUUGAGGACAGCCAGGGUGUGUCAGACUUCUUCAGUAACUACGACCUUGGGGAUCUGCUCAAGAGCUGAACACGUCUCUCCCAGCUCCGGACGGAGACGGCCGGACCGCUCUUCCACGUGAGGAUCACGCCGCAUAAGCGAAGGGGAGGGGCCAAGAAACAGUGACGCCUCCCCCGGAGUGUCAACCCAGACUCCACAAUAUGGGUUUUGGAUUUUAGAUUCCAGGUUUAAAUCCUGAAAUGGUGUAAUUGGUGUAUUUAUUCCAGUCCUAUAAA